GCAUCGCAUUUCACAUCUGGAGAAAGCAGAUGUUGCGCUUCUUUUUUUCUGGCGCUCGCGCUGCAUUUCCGAGCUUGUCAUUGUUUCCGCUUCCACCUCAGAGAAGCCUCACGCCUCCUCAUAUCUCAUUUGAGUGUGUGUGUGUGUGUGUGUGUGUGUGUUUAUUUUGCACUAAAAUCGCUGCAGUACUUGUAGUUUGAGCAGCCCGGAGCUGGAGGAGAGUUUUUCUUUUCAUAACAAUGGGGGACAUCGAGGCUCCCAGCUCGAACCGGCCGCCCCAGGCUGUCCUGAAGUCUAUUCUUCCCAGCAAAGAGUUCGUCACAUCCAGGAAAGGAAUGCUGCUUAUUGCUGAAGUGGGUCUGUCCUUUAUAUCAUUCGUGUGCUUCGCUGGAUCCUCGGCAGCAGCAUUUGUGACCGUCCCCCUGCUGGCAUUCCUGGCUUCUCUCUUCUUGCUGUUUGGUUACUCCACCAAAUUCAACGAGAGGUUUAAAGGUUUCUGCUGGCCUCUAACGGAUUUCAUUAGAUGCGUGACUGCCUCCAUUAUCUUUUUCAUCAUCUCAAUAAUGGCAGUGUCCAGAUACUCAGACGGUUCCUCAAAGGCUGCUGGGAUAUUUGGGUUCAUCGCCACCAUUGUUUUUGCCGUAGAUUUUUAUUUCAUUUUUAAUGAGCUGGCCAGUUUCUUGAAACAAGGAGGGGAGUCCAACGAGGAACCGUCAAGACAGCAAGAUGAAUUUUCAGACUCUGACUCAGACUGAAACUGUGGGGAUCUUUGGCAGAAGAUGUGUGAUCAUGCAGUCUCAACCUUUGUAGUAAAAAUCAACACUGCCGAGCAGAUAUUUGCAAACACCUGCCUGGUUUUUGUGCAACAGAGUUACAGAAGGACACUGUGUAUCAAGGUCAGACUCAUUGUUGGUCAGUUUCAAGUCGCCGAACACGAACAAAGAAGGUUUUAGUGCAAUUCACACAUUAGAAAAAAUACUUUUUAAACUGAUGCAUCAAACACGCCAGCCUUCUGUUUUAUUGGUUGUUACACAAAGUUUAUAAAACAUGUUCUUUUCUUUUUUCAUGUUCAAGUUUACUUCCAGUGUCUUAGAUCAUUUGCCACAAAUGUAAGAGCUACUAUCACUCCAACACUUUCCUGAAGCUGUGAAACUGUUUCUGCUCAUGUUAUGGAGAAGCAGUUAUUAACAUCAAAAUGUGCAUGCAUUAUGUCGAAAUCAGGGGAAAAUGCUCUAGCCCUGUUUACAUGUUUGCACACUAGAACACUGCAAAAUGCCUUAUUGAAUAAAUGUUUACCAAUGUACUAAUAAUGUAAUGAUGCUGUAACAGGAAUUCAGACCAGGAGGCCUGCUUAAUUAUCCUUUAUUAAAUUGACAGCAUGUUUAUAACCCUGUUUCCUAUAAAGUUUGCACACUGUGUAAAAUGCAAAGAUAUACAAAUCAUUUAAACCCUAUAUUUAAUUUUAAGCAUCAGAUGCUGCUUUCAGAAUUCUUCUUAUUUACUUGAAAGCAGUAGGCUCAUUUAGAGACUGAUUACAGCAAAGCUUUUCCUAAAAAAACUGUAAAGGGGGCGUGUUUACAAUUCGGCUGCGUUGCAUCUGCUCUGUAGUCUGUUAAAAGGGACCUAAGGAGUCAACUUGCUAUGCUUUUGGAGAUAAAUUGCUUUCCCUUUGUUACUUUCAGAAGCUUAACAACUCCUUUGUUGUAUUUUUGUUUUCUAGUGCUCCAAAUGUUUUUAAUAGAUGUCAGAUCUGGUUUACAAGCGGGCCAGUUCACCAACCAAAGUCUUUUAAUAAUGGAUUGCAUUUAUAUAGCGCUUUUCAAGGCACCCAAAGCGCUUUA